GGGUACCUCUGUCUGUCGUUGCAGCCCCCUCAGCUGUCAGAUGCGGUGAUCUCCAUGAUAACUCAAACCCCCAGACUCUUGACAGCAGCCUGCGAGGAGCAGCAUUCAGCAGCUCAAGGGUCUCACGACCAGAGCGUGGAUCAUACUUCUCGUAAACCUCAUCAUAUUGAGGUUGGGCUAAGAUGAGCAUAACCAGUGACGAAGUGAAUUUCUUGGUGUAUCGCUAUCUCCAGGAAUCGGGUUUCUCCCACUCGGCCUUCACCUUCGGUAUUGAGAGCCACAUCAGCCAGUCCAACAUCAACGGAACACUAGUGCCACCUGCCGCACUCAUCUCCAUCCUCCAGAAGGGGCUCCAGUAUGUGGAGGCUGAGAUCAGCAUCAACGAAGAUGGUACAGUAUUUGAUGGCAGGCCAAUAGAAUCCCUGUCUCUGAUAGACGCAGUGAUGCCUGAUGUUGUUCAGACCCGGCAGCAAGCAUUCAGAGAGAAACUAGCUCAGCAACAAGCCAGUGCAGCGGCGGCAGCAGCAGCAACGGCAGCAACAGCGGGAGCAACGACGACUGCUGUUUCCCAGCAGAACACACCAAAGAACGGAGAAGCCACUGUGAAUGGAGAGGAGAAUGGGGCACAUGCAAUAAAUAAUCAUUCAAAGCCAAUGGAAAUUGAUGGGGAUGUUGAAAUUCCUCCUAACAAAGCAACAGUCCUACGGGGCCAUGAAUCAGAGGUGUUCAUCUGUGCCUGGAACCCUGUCAGUGACCUGCUAGCAUCUGGAUCCGGAGACUCAACAGCCAGAAUAUGGAAUCUCAAUGAAAACAGCAACAGCAGUUCCACUCAACUAGUUUUGAGGCACUGCAUAAGAGAAGGAGGACACGAUGUCCCCAGCAAUAAGGAUGUGACUUCACUGGACUGGAAUAGUGAUGGAACACUAUUGGCUACAGGCUCAUAUGAUGGUUUUGCAAGAAUAUGGACAGAAGAUGGUAACCUUGCAAGCACCUUAGGUCAACAUAAAGGUCCAAUAUUUGCCCUGAAAUGGAACAAAAAGGGGAAUUAUAUUUUAAGUGCUGGUGUUGAUAAAACGACAAUAAUUUGGGAUGCUCAUACAGGAGAAGCUAAACAGCAGUUUCCCUUCCAUUCAGCUCCUGCUCUGGAUGUAGACUGGCAGAACAACACUACUUUUGCCUCCUGCAGCACUGACAUGUGCAUUCAUGUAUGCAGACUUGGCUGUGAUCGCCCAGUUAAAACCUUUCAAGGACACACAAACGAGGUUAAUGCAAUCAAAUGGGACCCAUCUGGCAUGCUAUUAGCAUCUUGCUCCGAUGACAUGACAUUAAAGAUUUGGAGCAUGAAGCAAGAUACUUGUGUACAUGAUCUUCAGGCUCACAGCAAAGAGAUUUAUACUAUCAAAUGGAGUCCUACAGGACCAGGCACCAGCAACCCAAACUCCAGCAUCAUGUUAGCAAGUGCUUCGUUUGAUUCCACUGUUCGGCUGUGGGACGUUGACCGAGGAGUCUGCAUCCACACAUUAACAAAACAUCAAGAGCCGGUCUACAGUGUAGCUUUUAGUCCUGAUGGAAAAUAUCUAGCCAGUGGGUCCUUUGACAAAUGUGUCCAUAUAUGGAAUACUCAGAGUGGAACUCUAGUACAUAGCUACCGAGGCACCGGGGGCAUCUUUGAAGUCUGCUGGAAUGCUAGAGGAGACAAAGUGGGAGCAAGCGCAUCAGACGGAUCGGUUUGUGUUCUAGAUCUGCGGAAGUAAAAGUGAAAUGUUUUAGAAGAAAUUUCAAAUGGACCAGCAGUGAAUGUGUGGGGAGAAGCACUCUUCAAAACUAUUCUUAACAGCUCCAGAACUGUACGAACUUGAACAAAGUUAGAGUGUACCGUGAAACCAACUCUCCCUGGCCACAGGUGUCUAGUAUUUUGUCCGUAACCUUCAUCAAGGAGUAAAAACGCAGUCACUUCAGAGGGGGAGGGAAUGGUUUCCACCUGGAACAUUGAGCCUUGGAAGCAUGAAGCCACCAGCUAGGCAUUGCACUGUUUGGUUUGCGUCUGAGAACUUGCUCUGAUGGCUGGGAAAAAAAAAAAAAAAAAAAAUUAA